AUGUUUGGUCUAAAUGUCAUGGACGCCAUGUUCGAUUAUUCUAUUGAGUAUUGUGGUUGUGAUGCAUUACGUUACUUGCAAUCACACGAGAUGCUGUUUGAUUUGAAGAAUAGAGUUGUUCUUAUUACUGGAGGGUGCAAUGGGAUCGGGGCUAAGGUCAUCGAGUUUUUACUUGAUGAAAACGUCAAGCACAUCGCAAAUCUAGAUGUCGCUGAGGACAUUGGCAUCGCCAAACAGGACAAGUUGAACGAGAAGUAUGGAAAAAACAAAGUUAAAUUCUACAAGUGUGACGUCACGAACGAUGAUGAACUACUUGGAGCGUAUCAAUCAGUUCUGGAUGAACAUGGAUAUAUUGACAUCGUAAUAAACAAUGCUGGAAUCAUGAAUGAUAGCAAGGAGACUUAUAGGAAGGAGAUUAAAAUUAAUUUCCUCGCUCUGACAACAAGCACAUUGAAAGCGAUGGAUAUAAUGAGAAAAGACGAAGGCGGCAAGGGCGGAGUCGUGAUAAACAUAUCAUCUAUAGCGGCGUUACUUCAAGAUGAGUUCCUGCCAAUAUACUACGGAACUAAGAGUGCUGUCCUACAGUUCAGCAACUGUAUUGGGUUACCCCGUUAUUUCUCAAGAACUGGCGUCCGUGUUAUAACAAUGUGUUUCGGCGCCACAAACACGGCACUCCUCCACAAGGACAUGAUGGGAAACUUCGAUAAAGUCAUUGAAAACGAAAUGGUGGACAUAUUAUCAAAGCAUCCGAUGCAAAAGGUUGAAUCCGCUGCGUCAUGUAUGAUUGAGGUUUUAAAGCGCGGGAAAAGUGGCAGCACUUGGUUGUCAAUCGCCAACAAGCCCGCACAGGACAUCACACCGAAAGUCAAAAAAGCCUAUGGCAUACUGACAGAACUCAUAUUUUAA